AUGAUUGAUAUUGAUAAUGUCCCUGCUGACGGAAUCCAGGUGAACGAGAACCCUGGGAGCGACGACGAGAGGGAAGACGCCUAUGGUUACUUUACUUCCAAGGUAGGACUCAUCUCUCCUGACCUCGGCUUCUUUGUCAAUAGAGAAGCCCUUGAAGAUAACAAGUUUAUCAAGAAGGAAUACAUUGAAAUGUCGGAAGAGGAAAGCACUCUUCAAGCCCAAGAGGCUUUUUCUAACUAUGUUGAAGAACUUGAAGAUAACGGUAUUAAGACUGAAAUUUUCCACCAGUCAGUAAAGGCGGCUGACAGUAUCUUCCCAGAUUGGUUCACGACUGCUAGAAACCCAACCCUUCCUAAUGGAGUCUUGAUAAUCUCGGCUAUGAAGAAUUUGGAACGAAGAAAAGAAAGAAUGAAGGAUGUCAUUGACGAACUUUCUACUAGAUACCAAGAUGUUAUCGACCUCUCUGUAUACGAAGCCGAGGGAAAGUACCUCGAACUGAAAGGCGCUCUAGUCACAGAUUGGGAAAAUGGAAAGAUUUACUGAAAUAUCUCAGAUAGAGCGCACGAAGAAGUCUUUGACUACAUGAUUGACGAGCUAAAUCAAAUUGCAUCGAAAACCAGCGAAAGGAGAAUCAAAGGUGUCAAGUUCAGAGCAACUGAUGCGGAUGGAGAAGGAAUCUACCACACUGACUGUAUGAUGACCUUGUUCAGCAAGCAUGCUCUUGUUUGUCUUGACGCUAUUAGAGACGAGAACGAGAAGAGAAUUGUUCAAGAGGAAAUCACAGAAUUUAGCCUUAACACCAAUCCUAAAGAAAUCAUCAAUAUUACUUUCGAGGAAUCGUCUCAUAUGUGCGCCAACGCAUUUGAUGUUCUUGACUCAAAUAAUAACCACUGUGUUGUCAUGAGCAAGACAGCGAAUGAGGCUUAUGAUCCUUCUAAGCUAGAGAUCCUAUCACAAAACUAUAAGAUUGUGGUAGGCGAUAUUGAUAUUAUUGAGAACAUUGGAGGCGGUUCUGCAAGAUGCAUGCUUGUGGAGCUCUUCUAAACUCGAUAAAAUCGUCAGAUAUUCCUUUUUCACAAUACUAAAUCAAAUGACAUUGCCUGUUUUAAUGGACUUUCAAUAUACUG